AUGUAUUCUCAGCCCAAUGCACAUGCCAAGUGCAAUGGCCAAACUCUUCUCAACGGGAAUCAGCAGCUGCUUCCCGUUGCGAUUGUUGGCAUGUCAUGUCGUCUUUCGGGUAAUGUGUCCACUAUUGAAGACUUCUGGCAACUGAUGUCUAUGUCUCGAAGUGGCUGGAGCGAAAUCCCCGAAGACCGCUUCAGCAAAGAUAGCUACUAUCACCCGAACCCUGCCAAGAAGGGCUGUUUCAAUACUCGCGGCGGGUACUUCCUCACACAGAACCCGGCGUUGUUUGAUGCGCCCUUCUUCAACAUCACUCAGCAGGAAGCCGAGGCCAUGGAUCCACAGCAAAGGCUACUGCUUGAGUGCACUUACGAGGCCAUCGAAAACGCUGGAAUACCCAAGGAACAAGUUGUCGGCAAGAAAGUAGGUGUCUUCGUGGGGGGUGCGGCAUCGGACUACCGUCUUGGAAAUUUGCGUGAUGUGGAAAGUACACCUAUCUUUGAUGCCACAGGGAACCACCAGUCCAUCCUGGCUGGGCGUAUAUCUUAUUACUUUGACUUUCGUGGCCCGAGUUACUCUGUUGAUACAGCUUGUUCCUCGAGUCUGUACGCCUUGCACCAGGCAGUGCAGAGCAUCCGAAGUGGCGAGUCGGAGAUGGCCAUCGUGGCGGCGUGCCACCUCAAUCUGCAGCCUGGAGACUGGGUAUCGAUGUCACUCUUAAGGCUCUUUUCUGACCACGGCGUUACCUACGCCUUCGACAACCGAGCCAAGUCAGGAUUUGCGCGGGGCGAGGGAGCCGGCUGCUUGAUCCUGAAGGCCCUAUCUAAGGCCGUCGAUGACAAUGACAGGAUUCGUUCAGUUAUUGUCAACACUGGCACAAACCAGGAUGGCCGGACUGUUGGACUUACAUCCCCCAACGGCACGGCGCAAGAGCAACUUAUGCGCGAAGUAUAUGCGAAUGCAGGUAUCCAGCCCGAAGAUGCCGGCUUUGUGGAAGCUCACGGAACGGGUACCAAAGUGGGGGAUCCCAUCGAAGCUUCCGCUAUCCACAACGUCUUCGGCAAGGGAAGGACGGCUAGAGAACCACUAUUCCUAGGAUCGGUCAAGAGCAAUGUUGGCCACCUCGAAAAUGCCAGUGGGGUCGUCUCGGUGAUAAAGGCAGCUAUGAUGUUGGAAAAGGGCUUCAUCCUGCCCAACGUCAACUUUGAAGAGCCCAAUGAGAACAUCCCACUUUUGGAGUGGAACAUGAAGGUUCCAACCAGCCAGCGGCCAUGGCCAUCUAAGAAGAGAUACUUGAGUGUCAACAACUUUGGCUUUGGUGGCUCAAACGCUCAUUGUGUGCUUGAACGGCCACCUGUACAAGCCAAGCCUGGAAAUCUCAAGCCCCAUUCCGGCGAGGUGGAAGAGCGGCUGUUUGUGCUAUCAGCCAACGAUGAGUCGUCGGCCAAAAGGUCGAUGGAGCAGCUGGCUAUCUUUCUGGAGCAGCAUCCCGAGGUGUUCCAGAAAUCUCUGAUGCGCAACUUGGCCUAUACGCUUUGCCAACGCCGAUGCCAUCUGCCUUGGCGUAUCGCGCUUCCCGCUAAGUCUUCGAUCCAACUGGCGGCUGCCCUCAAUCACUCAGACGCCAAGCCAGUGCGGGCUUCGCAGUCACCAAAGAUUGCCUUUGUGUACACGGGCCAAGGGGCUCAGUGGCACGCUAUGGGCCGCGAGCUCAUGGAUUCGUACCCUGUCUUCGCUACCACUAUGCGUGCGGCAGACAGCUGCCUGGCAAGUCUUGGUGCCGACUUCUCCCUGCUGGAGGAGCUGGCCAAGGAUAAGGGUAGCACACAGGUCGGCAAGGCUCACAUAAGCCAACCAGCCUGUUCCGCACUCCAGUUGGCAUUGACUGAUCUCCUCAAGUCCUGGGGAAUCAGUCCUUCCUCGGUCACGGGACAUUCGAGUGGAGAGAUCGCAGCAGCAUACGCCGCAGGGGCGCUAUCCCUCGAAGCUGCCAUGUCGGUUGCGCAUCACAGAGGCCAGGCCGUGAUCCGCAUGAGAGAGAAGUACCCGGAUCUGAAAGGGUCCAUGCUUGCUGUGGGUGCUGGCCCCGAGUUUGUAUUGCCCCUGGCCCAACUUGUCCAAAGUGGAGUUGCCGUCGUGGCCUGCGAGAACUCCCCAAGUUCUGUUACCGCAUCGGGAGAUGAGCUCGCCAUCGACGAGCUCGCGGAAAUGAUCGAGGCGCGGCAGCUGUUCAACAGGAAACUCCGUGUCGACGUCGCCUAUCAUUCGCCCCAUAUGAAGUUGGUGGCCGAAGACUACCAUAACGCCAUCAGCAGCGUCAGUCCAGUCCAGGACCGCCAUGUCCACUUCUACUCUUCUCUGCACGGGAAAAAGGUGGAGCUUAGCACCCUGGAAGCCUCAUACUGGGUUGAUAACCUCACCUGCCCCGUCCGCUUCUCUACGUCCUUCCAUGCGCUUUGCGCUGACCGUGCCCCGGAUCUUGUCAUCGAGGUCGGACCACAUGCAGCACUCGAAGGGCCCAUCAAGCAGAUUCUGAAGAGUAUAGGCCAGAAGGCGAUCAAGACAACAUACUUGCCGACUUUGGUGCGAAAUAAAAACGCAACCGAUACUGCCCUGGAGCUGGCUGCGGGUCUAUACAUGAAGGGGCAACCCCUGAACUUUGAAAGUAUCAACCACGAAGAUGGGGAUUACGAGCCCCCAACACUCCUCACCAACCUGGUCCCCUAUCCUUGGUCUCGACAGAGGUACUGGCACGAGUCGCGCAUGUCGCAGCAACAUCGACAGAAGCCUUUCCCACGACACGACCUGCUGGGUACCGUGGCCGACUUCUCCAACGAGUUGGCACCGACGUGGCGGAAUAUCAUCAGGACAGAUGAAAUCCCCUGGCUUCGAGAUCACAAGAUGCAGUCUCUUACCACGUUUCCAUUCGCCGGGUUCGUGUCCAUGGCCGUCGAGGCUGCGGGCCAGCGUGCAACCAUGCGGGGGGGCUCAUUUGAGCGUUUCAGUCUGCGUGAAAUCCAAGUCAAACGACCCCUGCUCCUCGAGGACGGCGCCGAGUAUGAGGUGGCCCUGGCCAUAUCGCCAUACGCCGAGGGCACACGGUCAUACUCGGAUGAAUGGGAUGACUUCCGCAUCUGGUCUUGGCAGCAGGGCAAGGGCUGGACUGAGCAUUGUCGGGGAAUGAUUGCUGCACGGAAAGGGGCUUCGUCGAACCUUGUCAACUCGGCCAAUCAAGUCAUGGCAGGUCGCAAAUUCCAAGCGGCAAACAAGGCAUGUCAGGAGGCAGUCGAUGUCACUGGCUUUUAUCAUGAGUUAGACAAGAUAGGGGCUACGUACGGGCCCAUUUUCCAGAAACUCAGUGGCAUCAGAGCCUGCCAGGACCAGGCGGUUGCCACUGUUGACGUUGCCGACACGGCCGCCACCAUGCCUUCCGCGUUCCAAACGCCAUACAUUGUCCACCCGGCCUUGCUCGACCAGGUCUUCCAGCUGUCCUUCCCCAUCCUAGGCGCGGGCCGCUUCGGUAUGGGCAUGUUGUACAUGCCCUCGGCCAUCAAAGAGCUUCAUCUCCAAGGCACCCUCCCAAUGCAGCCAGGAGAAAAGAUGCACAUCAUGGCACACGGCUGUCCAGACUUUAAAGCUCCAAAGGCCGUUGACUUCUCCAUGAGCGCAUUGCUUUCGUCGGACCAUCAGGAGGCUGUAAUACAUCUUGAUGGUCUGCAAAUGACGCCGGUCAAAGGCGAGGGCGUAGUGAUGGAUAUGCCCCGUGAUCUAUGCUUCAAGCUUCAGUGGGAGCCGGUCAAUAGGACGCAGGUCUCUAAAUUCUGCGCAGACGAAGAAGAUCGUGUCGACUCGGACAACAACAGUGAACCUGGCAGCUCUACAGGGGGUCCCAAGCCAGUCGUUGCAGCCAAUAAUCAUGAUACUGCGGCUCACGAUGAAGGAUUGGUCAAUAAUCCCGAGGCUUUCGUCGUCAUUUCCGAUGUUGAUGAGCCUCGAGAUAUGAAGCCUGUGGUAGAUAUCCACGUGAAUGGCGCUGAUGAAACUUUGGCAGCAACAGAGGAGCCCGACCAGGUCAACGUCGUUAUGAAUUAUGCCAUCCACGAGAACGGACUAACACAGUUCAAGCCCAACACACCUGUCAUUAUCAUCUCUGAUAGGCCAGAAACGGACCUUUUCCUGAGUUCCUUGGCGGCCUCUUUUGUCAGUCUAUUGGGAACAACACCGGUCAUCCACUCGCUCUCGGAAGUCGAAACCGCUGAGAAUGCGCAUAUAAUUCUCUGCGAACUCGGCCGACCCUUCUUGGCAGAACUGACCCCCGACAGUUUUGCUCAAGUCCAGAAGAUACUCACGCAGUCCGCGGGAGUGCUAUGGGUCACUAAGGGCGCAUACAUGAAUGCCACUAACCCAACAGCUAGCAUGUCUUUGGGCUUGACACGAACCGUCCGGUCAGAAACCGAGGCCAAAGUUGCAACGCUGGACUUGGCUUCCGACUCUGAAUUGCAGGAAAGGGGCCAGGCCGAUCUGACGUUGCAAGCCUUUGCCAAGGUAUUUGCAGCUGAAGGCAGCGAGCCGGUUGAUAUGGAAUACACGGAGAAAAAUGGUGCGCUUUUCGUCCCUCGUAUUGUCGACGACGGUGACAUGAACCUUUUGGUCCACCGCGAGUUGCAAAAAUCGGCUCCGUAUCCUCAAGACUUUGCACAGAACUCGAGGCCCCUGAAAAUGGGCAUCGGAACGACGGGCGCUCUUGACACUCUCUUCUUCCAUGACGUGGAGGAUUAUGUUAUCGGGGACACUGAGAUUGAGCUUCAAGUGAUGGCGACAGGGAUGAACUUCAAGGACGUCGUCAUCGCCAUGGGCCAGCUUCCAAGCCCCUACAUCGGUAUUGAAUGUGCAGGUGUGGUAUCCAGAGUUGGGCCCAAUGUCUGUAACCUGUGCGUUGGAGACAGGGUCUGCGCCAUGAGCGAGGGCGCCUACAGCACCUUGGCUCGAUGCCCCGCGACCAGUGCAGCCAGGAUCCCGUCGAGCAUGAGUUUCGAGGUGGCGGCUUCAAUCCCCGUCGUCUACUGCACCGCCUACUAUGGCAUCGUCGAGUUGGCCCGACUCGAGAGGGGCGAGCGGAUCCUGAUCCAUGCCGCAGCUGGCGGUGUCGGGCAGGCCGCUAUCCAGUUGUCCAAGAUGCUAGGGGUAGAGAUCUACGCCACUGUUGGCAGCCCGGACAAGAAACAGUUCAUCAUGGAGAACUACGGCAUCCCCGAGGACCACAUCUUCUCCAGCCGAGACACGUCGUUCGGGCCAGCCAUUCGCGAGAUGACGGGUGGUGCGGGCGUCGAUGUUGUCAUCAACUCCUUGGCUGGAGAAUUUCUGCGUGAGACAUGGGACUGCAUUGCGCAUUUCGGAAGGUUCAUCGAGAUUGGAAAGCGGGACAUCACAUCCAACACCAGACUGGAGAUGGCCAAAUUCAACUACAAUGCCACCUUCAGCUCAGUCGAUUUGACCGUCCUAGCCGCCGAGAGACCGGUGCAUAUGGCUAGGACGUUCGAUGCCGUCAUGAAACUGUUCGAGGCAGAGACGGUAAAGACCAUCAGUCCCAUCACUGUCUUUGGCAUUGCCGAAAUAGAGAAGGCAUUCCGCCUUCUUCAGAGUGGAAAGACGAUAGGCAAACUGGUUGUCGUGCCCAAGCCGGGCGAACAGGCGGUUCACCCCAAGAGUAGUAGCAGGCGUCUCCGCUCAGAUGCCACGUACCUCAUCGUCGGUGGCACUGGUGGGCUGGGCAGAUCAAUGUCUAAAUCGAUGGUAGAGAACGGGGCCAAGCACAUUGUGUUGUUGUCUCGAAGCGGCCGGCUCAAGGGCCCCGUUGCUCAACUCAUCCAAGACAUUCACCAAUUUUCCGGGGCCAACAUUGUCGUGAAAGCGUGUGAUGUCGCAGAUAUGGACAGUGUUAUGCAACUGGUAAAUUAUUGUGCCCAAGAGUUACCCCCUAUUGGCGGGGUCAUCCACGCCGGCAUGGUUCUCAGGGACGUGCUGUUUGAAAAGAUGACUUUCGACGACUACGAAACCGUCAUCCGUUCCAAGGUGGCCGGCGCGUGGAACAUGCACAAUGCGCUCUUGGCAACCCCCCUCGACUUCUUUAUCCUCAUCUCGUCGGCAGCCGGUAUCGUCGGCAAUCGAGGCCAGGCAGCAUAUGCAGCAGCCAACACCUUCCUCGAUGCCUUUGCCCAAUACCGACUGCGCUGCGGUCUCCCCGCUGCUUCCAUUGACCUCACGGCGGUUGAAGACGUUGGUUACCUCGCCGAAAACGCCACGCGUCAGCAGGAGGUCCUGCAGACACUCGGGGGUGACACCAUCAAUGAGGCUGAAGUCCUGGUCCUUGUCAUGGCUGCAAUCCACGGCUCCAUGCUGCAGUCUUGCAACAACCAUUGUCUUACGGGUCUUAAGCUCAAUGGGGACAAAUUACCACAUUUCGCCUCCGAUGCCAAGUUUACCCAACUCCGCAACACCGUUUUAGCCAUGUCGUCGGCGGCAGCUUCCACAAACCAGAAAAUAUCCAUCGGUGUCUCACUUUCUCGCGCUAAAACCCCGGAAGAGUCACAAGAAAUCAUCACCGUUGGCCUUGCCGAGAAGCUCGCCGCCAUCCUGAUGGUGCUGCCCGAGGACAUGGACGCCGCGCGCUCCAUCACGGCGUACGGGCUUGACAGCCUGAAUGCCAUAGAGCUGAGGAACUGGAUCACCAAGGAGUUGGGAACGAGUCUGCAAGUUCUCGAGCUCUUGACGAGUGGGUCUUUGACCAAUCUGGCGGCCAUCAUCUUGAAGAAGAGACAGGCGGCAGGAAGUGGAGGUAAUUGA